CUCGGCCGCACCAAAUCCUCGAAUGGUUGGAAGGGUGGCUUCUCUGAAUUUUCCUAUUUACUCUACUAUCUACAUUCUGUGACCUCUCCGCCGAACAAAGAACAAGGGAUGAUGCGGAUGCGACAGCCCAACAAUGAAGGCAAAAGGCAUCCAGACCGACCUGCGCGUUCGUGAUGAUGUAUGCGGGCCAGGGCCUAGAUACUUACAUGGUACUUGCUUCACACCGCGUACCUUGCCCACCGCUGAGGAACCAUGGAGGGGGGAAAAGGGUGUGUGUGGUCGAUCAGAGCGUUGAUGUUGCUCGGACGAUGCGGUGACUUAAACUGCAAAGGAAUGGAACUACUGAGGUAGACUGCGCAGGAAAGACUAAUAGUGGCUUGAGAAACUUCCCGGUGGCGAU